AUGAAUGACGACAAACUUCGAAGUCUGUUCGCAUCUCUCGCAACCCUCACACAACAGGGACCCAUUCCUGUUCAAGCAUACAGUAUGCUGGCAGGUCAACAUUCAACAGAAGUUCUAGCUGAACACAUGAGAUUACGGUGGCUUUCAGAUGGGAGAUUUGCUCCGUUGGCAGCUAACAUUCUGAUGCACAUCCAUAAAGCUGAUACAAAAGACAUAUCGCUGUCAUCGAAUGUUCUCGCUCUUUUAUUAAACGACUACAGGAAUCGACUUUCUGUUCGAAACGAUUCACGUUUGAUGUUCAGAAAUAGUGUUAAAACUCUUUUCGCAAUGUAUCCCGUAUAUGUCAAAAUGGAUGAAUGUGUCUCGAAAUGUUUCAUCAAACCGAUGUUUUCGUCUCUUGACGCACUCAUUGACGAUGGCCCUGAUACAGAUGAUUUAGAAACAGCUGGAAUUCUUCUCAGUGAGAAUGGAAAAAUUCUUCAUGAUUUGAAUUCGUAUCUCGUUGAACGAAUCAUUGUGAAAUUACGUCAUAAGUUGAUCAGUGAAGAUCCAGUUGUCACAAAGCAUGUCCGUCAAAUAUUCAUUCAUGUGUAUGAUCUUUGGGCAUUUGGAUGGAGUGAACUGAAUAUUCCUGAAUGUCUCUUGACGCUGAGUGCAGAAGGAAAACUCUCGAUUGUUGAUCAGACGCCUCUCCGGAAAAAUGAUAUCAGUAAACAAGAGUUCGGCAGCAAAGAAAGCAUUAUUUGA